GUCAGGCUAAUUUUCUAAAGCACUCGCUAACCUCCAAAUCUGGGCAGAAAAUUAAAAAUUGGGAGCUGAAAUAUACAAAGAGGAAAAACAAGUUCCCUAUGUUUGCAUUCAGGAAGGAGUCUUGGAAAGUGAGAAGGGGAAUUUCUACUCAAGUACCAUCAGACAUUUCAACGGUCAUUAAAUACUAUUUUUGUGCAGGAUGUUAACCAAGUGGCACUGGCAGUAUCAAUGACAACUACGCAGGUGCUGUUGAAAUGCAGUGAUCAGGUCCAUUGCGAAGCUGGAGGAGCCUGUCUUUUCCCUUGCCAGUGAACAGCUGUGCAGACCUAGGAGGAUCCUCUCAGCCUUCUUCUUGUGAAAGUCUCAUGCAGAAGACAGCAAAGGUUCUUCUGCAGUGAAUAAGGAUGCAAAAAACAGAAUAUGAGUUUUCCUUUGGAUGAAGAAACCAUGAUGGAUGAAGAAACCAACGUGAAAGAACACCAUACACAAGAAAGGACUGAACCAUGGGAAGACAUUUUCAAUUUGGUAGGAGAGAGCAAUUUGGGAAAUGUCAUCAUCUCAUCCUAUGAAAUGCCAGGCCCGUCUGACACAGAAACACCACUGUACCCCAAUACCAUACAGGAACAGAACAUAAGGGAUCACCCACAUCUUCUGAAAGUUCCUUCUGAGGAAUAUGAUGAGGGUGACAACAUACCUUGCCCAUUUAUCAGGUAUGCUCCAGGAAGGAUUUCUACUUCUCCAACUCUGAGGAGACUAAGGAAAAGUACAGUGUCAAUCUCUCAAAUAUUUGCACUCCAGGAUAGCACUGAAAGCCCAAGGAUGGGCAACCAAGCUGAUUCUCAUCUUCCUAUUUGCCAAAGUUCUCCUCCAUUUUCUGAUCACUUCUUUUUCUCAGAACCCUACAUGCACACACAUUCCCUGUCACAGAAGGAAAACUCUACUUCCAUUGACACCACACCAAUCUUACCACAUCAUAAAGAAAAUGAUCACAGCAGUGAUCAGUCUUCGCAGAACGCUAUAUCAACCAACCCUUCUUUCCAGUCUGAGGAAGAACAGAAUUCUCAGGGAUGUGUUCAGAAAUUAGAUUUGCAUAAAGCAAGUCUCUACAAUUCUGCAGAACGCAGACAUAGCUCAGUGGUGGUAAGUUUGCCUGGACUCGAGGUGUUCCCAGGAGACCUGCUGAUAUCAGUCAAUGCAGUAGAAUUUCUUUAUCAUUCAACAUCACUGCAAAGUGAAGAAUGCAAAAGGCCUUGGUGGCCAUUCACUAAAAAAGGAAUUAGUAGAGACAGACAUAAACAAGCAUCAGACCUGGAAAACUGUUUGUCUACUAUAACCAUCAGGACCUCAGAGUACAGCAGCUAUGAAUUUCACAGUGUUAAGGAUAAAGUAUGGCAUGAAAUCAUAACACUGUAUCAGGUUGAGCCAAAAGCCAGUGAAGAUCUAUUAGAUACAAAGAAGAAAGAAGCAGUGUGGGAGCUUUUCACAACUGAAUGCACGUACUUUCUAGAUCACCUGCUGGUUCUUAGAAUGGUUUUUAUGGAUACAUUAAAAUGCCUACAAAGUAAGGAGUUCCUCUUAGAUGUGAAUUUGAGGCUACUUUUUGCAAACUUGGAGGAAUUAAGCCAGGUAAGCCUUGGUUUUGUGACCAGUUUCUUUAGCAUUAUAAAGGAUCACCUUGUCAAGGCUAUAUCCUCCUUAGACUUCAUCUCUGUGCUUACAAAGUAUUUCCAAGGGAACCUCUGUCAAACUCUCCAGAUAUACUGCCUUAAUUAUACUUCUGCAGUGUAUUACUUGGAAAAGCUGAAGAAACGAAAAGAUUUUGGGACCUAUUUGAAAUGGUGUGAGCAGAACAAACAGUGCAAACGAUUACAUCUGUCAGAACUGCUGGUUGCGCCUUUGCACAGAUUGACUCGCUAUCCCCUCCUCCUGGAGAACAUCUGGAAAAAGGCAGAUCCAGAGGAGAGAGCAAUUAUCUGCUCAAUUAAGGAGAAGGUGGAAAAAUCUAUAAGGAACUUGGAAGGUAAAGUGAAAUGGCUGGAUAAUUUUCAGAAAUUUAAGCAGCUUCAGGAAAUUAUAAGUUGGCCUCCACUUUGGGAUCAAGACAAAAGAUUUUUUGUUCCUGAGACUCUCAAGCUCCUAUUAAAGGACAACCCAACUGAAAGCAUCUUGUCACCCACAAAGAGAUACCUUGUUCAUGAAGGGAGAUUGACACUCAUAGAACAUACAAGACUCAUCGACAUCUACCUGUUUCUAUUUGAUGAUUUGCUUUUGAUUACAAAACAGAACCGGAACAAAAAGAAAUCUGUGUGUUCCAACAUGAGUUUAAUACCUGUCUGCCCUUUCUUCACACCUGAGUUGCAAUCUUUGCUUGAAGAAGGUGGUUCUUGCACAGUGCUGAACCAGCCUAUUCCAUUAGACAGGCUGAUUGUAAAAAGUCUUGAUUCAGUCAACAUAACAGUUUUAGGCCUACGGAAUGCUUUUCUAAUACAGCAAGAAAACCGGUAUCAGCAGUGCAUAGCAGCUUUCUUAAUACAGGCACAGACAGAGGCAGUCAAGAAAGCAUGGAUAUCACAGAUGGAGAUUGCAAUCUCAAAUUAUGCAAAGAGACACAUAACCCCCCGAAACUCAUUUUUAAGUUUACCAGCUGAAUCAUCUGAAAUUUAAUUGUGGUCAGUUGUGAACUGAUGGGCAUUGGUAAUAGAAAGUUCACUUUUUUAAAGCAAGCCUUUAGAUGUUUGAAAGUAUUUCUGGAGCACUUUCCUCAACAGAAAUUUGGAAAAAAGAAAAUAAAAAAAUAUUACUUUGCUGGCCAAGUGCAGGCUACAGUUCUCUCAGGAAGAAUUUUCAAGCUUCUUGAUAAAAUUCUGCUGUUUACUCAUAACCAAAAACAGGAAAACUUGGAAAGAGUAAUAGCAACACUGGCGGCAUAUACUAAAAUGGAAAAAUGUAUAAUUAAAAAAAAAAAAAACCAGAAAAGCUGUCAUUAAAUCAACAUCUCCUAAAUUGUCUUCAUAAGCUCCUGUGCAGUCUAGUUUAUAUUAACAGAGGACAAACAUACAUUUAUGUAUGGUCUGAUUAAAAAAACAUACUUCUAGAACAAAUUUCACUAGGAUACCAGUGAAAAUGACAGUUGUUUUCGUACUUCAGAAAUCAAUUUUCUAGUUCCACAAAGGUUAAUUAAAUAAUUAUCUACCACUGACCUUCAAAAAAACUCCCCCUGUUUUAUUUGUUUCUGCAAAAAAGUAUUUUUGAUGCAGAGUAAUCCUCAGGCCUUCAAUGUCCUCAACUUAUAGCUUGCUAGGAGAAUUGCAAUGUCUUCGUGGGACAAAUCCCUUUUACAAACUUCACCUCAACAGCCUUUUUUUUCCACUUUCCCACAUUCUCUGCUGUACCAUAGAUUUCAGUGAGAACAAUGUUUUGGGAUAGAAUUUCUGGCUUGGAAUAAAAAAAUCCACACAGGUCUGCAGGUGCUAAACGACGUUUGCACUUUGACAUAAUGCAAGCUUGUUUUUCUUUAAAAAGAGAAGGUUUACUACAUGAUUUCAGUUUUAAAACCACUCAUGUUGACAAGGGGAGGGGAUUUUUCUAUGAUAGCUUUUAUACUGCAUUAUACUUUCCUUAAACCAUUAACAGUAAUCCACAGCACCCCGAUGUAAUUCAGUAUCAUUCUUUCAACUUCAGGCUCUGUCCUUCUGGUGCAGACCACUUUCCUGCUAAGUUAAUACAUCCAUUGCAAUAUUAUUUCUACAUCCCAAUUUACAACUAUCACAAACCCAACUGUCAAAAUUUAAUUGAUACUUUGCUUAACACAGUUCAUAAUUCCUAAUGGUUGGUGAAGCCCUGCCCAAUUUGUUUUCAGUUUUGGAGGAGGAGGUAUCUCUACUACUUUUGGCAAUUAAAAGUUGACAUUAGGAGAACUGAAAAACAAAGGAAAGCUUUUAGGAACAGAGCAACAGGAUGGCUGGUGCAGAAAACAGCUUCCACAUAAGUUGGAUCACAUGGGAGGCACCCACAAUGUUACUGUUCCUUGAUGAUGCCAGCAGAACUGGCCUUGGCUACUUUGCGCAUGAACUGGACAAACAACAUGAGAAAUACAAGUGUUACUAUAGCCACAACUGCUAGCAUCUGUGUUGUGUUUUCUUUUAGCAGCUCCUUUGAACUAACAACCAUUUUUACAAUCAAGUAUAACACACAUCUACACCACAAUUUUGUUCAAGAUCAGAGACAGGGAAAGGAUGCUUCACAAUCUUAUGUGACUGAAACCUAAUUUUUUAAAAAGAACGUAGUGUACUUUUCUACACUGGCAAAAGCACAAUAAAUGAAUCACUGAAAA